AGCCGGGCGGCCACGGCGGCGGCUGCAGCUCCCGGGCUCCCGCUGCUUUGGCGGAGCUGCAGGGAGGGCAGGAGCAAAGGGCAGAGCCUAUUUCCUAGCUAUCUGAAUUGAAGAAGCCACUUCAGACCCUAUAAUCAAAGCAACACUGAGUCACACUGGAGUCCACCACUGGAAAGCCUGCACUUCUACUUUCAGUGUUUUAUCUUCUGAUUUGGUGAUACUCAAGCUAAACUUGUCAAUUCCUAACAAUGAAUAACUUCCAGGAUACUAUGGAUCACACGCAAGAAAAUGAAAUCCUUAUAGCAACCCAAACAUAUUGCGUGGAACGGCCCAUCUAUAGCUAUCCAGCCUUACAUGGGAAGCUACACAAGAAGGACAAGGUUUCUGACCCUAUAGGAGAUAAGAUAAAACGGGCUUUAAGUUGUACUCCAAAGAAAAUAAGGAAUAUUAUCUACAUGUUCUUACCCAUAUGUAAAUGGCUGCCAGCUUAUAAACCAAGGGAAUAUGUAUUUGGGGACUUUGUCUCAGGUAUAAGUACUGGAGUGUUACAUCUUCCUCAAGGUUUAGCUUUUGCAAUGUUGGCAGCUGUACCUCCCGUAUUUGGCCUAUAUUCUUCAUUUUAUCCUGUUAUACUGUAUUGUUUUUUUGGUACUUCGAGGCACGUAUCCAUAGGGCCCUUUGCUGUGAUUAGUCUGAUGAUUGGUGGAGUGGCUGUCCGAUUAGUUCCUGAUGACAUGUAUGUUGGUGGAGGAGGUGCUAAUUCAACUAAUAGUACAGAGGAAAGAGAUGCUAUGAGAGUAAAAGUUGCUAUGUCAGUAACUUUGCUUUCAGGAAUCAUUCAGUUUUGCUUAGGUGUCCUGAGGUUUGGAUUUGUGGCUAUAUAUUUAACUGAGCCCUUGGUCCGUGGUUUUACAACAGCAGCAGCAGUACAUGUCUUCACUUCCAUGUUAAAAUACCUAUUUGGGGUAAAGACAAAGAGACACAGUGGACCCUUUUCAGUUGUCUAUAGUACUCUUGCUGUGAUAGCAAAUGUCAAAAAACUCAACAUAUGUUCCCUCGUCGUUGGAUUGAUGUGUUUUGCUUUGCUAUUGGGGGGCAAAGAGUUUAAUGAAAGAUUUAAAAAUAAAUUGCCUGCACCUAUUCCUUUAGAGAUUGUCGCAGUGAUAAUAGGAACGGGCAUUUCAGCAGGAUUUAAUUUAGAAGAAUCAUACAAAGUGGAUGUUGUUGGAUCACUCCCACUGGGGUUAUUAGCUCCUGCUACCCCAGAUUCAAGCCUCUUCCAUCUUGUUUAUGUUGAUGCUAUUGCCAUUGCAAUUGUUGGAUUUUCAGUGACCAUCUCAAUGGCCAAAAUCUUUGCAGUUAAACAUGGCUACCAAGUUGAUGGGAAUCAGGAACUCAUCGCGCUGGGAAUAUGUAAUACCAUUGGAUCACUUUUCCAAACUUUCUCCAUUUCAUGUUCCUUGUCUCGGAGUCUUGUUCAAGAGAGUACUGGAGGAAACACUCAGCUUGCAGGUUGCUUAGCCUCUUUAUUGAUUCUAUUGGUUAUAUUGGCCAUUGGCUUUCUCUUCGAAUCAUUGCCCCAGGCAGUGCUAUCAGCCAUUGUGAUUGUGAACUUGAAAGGAAUGUUUAUGCAGUUCUCAGAUCUCCCCUUUUUCUGGAGGACCAGCAAAAUAGAACUGACUAUUUGGCUUACCACUUUUGUUUCCUCUCUGUUCCUUGGAUUAGACUAUGGUCUAAUUACUGCAGUAAUAAUUGCUCUGAUGACUGUUAUUUACAGAACACAAAGUCCAACCUACACAGUUCUUGGUCAGCUUCCCAACACAGAUGUAUAUAUUGAUAUAGAUGCAUAUGAAGAGGUGAAAGAGCAUCCUGGGAUAAAAAUAUUCCAAAUAAAUGCCCCGAUUUAUUAUGCCAAUAGUGACUUGUACAGUAAUGCACUAAGCAGAAAGACGGGAGUUAACCCAGCACUUAUAAUGGCAGCAAGGAGAAAAGUCCUAAAGAAGCAUGCCAAGGAAUUAGGAACCAAAGGCAAACCCCAGUCUUCGGUUGUAAAAGUUGAUGAGGAUGCAGAAACAGGUGGGGAAGAAGAUGCAAAACAAGAAGAACAGAUUGAGGAAAAUGCCAAACCAGUGACAAUUGAUUCACUGGUCCAAAAAACAUUUCCACCAGAACUGGAAAGAUUUUUGCCCCCAGGGCCUAAUGUUCAUACUAUGAUUUUGGAUUUCUCACAAGUCAAUUUUAUUGAUUCAGUUGGAGUAAAAACUGUAGCAGGGAUCCUAAAAGAAUAUGGAGAUGUUGGUAUUUAUGUAUAUUUAGCUGCAUGCAGUGUCCAAGUUGUGAAUGACCUCACUCGAAACAGAUUUUUUGAGAAUCCUUGCGUAAAAGAGCUACUAUUCCACAGCAUUCAUGAUGCAGUUUUAGGCGCUAAAGUUCGAGAAGCACUGGCACAGCAAGAAGCCUUAGCUGAACCUCCAGAGGAGGACUCAGAGCCGAUCAUUGACCCAGAGACAUAGAGGAGACGUUUAACACUUACCAUUAUAAAAUCUCUUCUGAAACUAGGUAGACAUUUUGAAAUACCAGACAUUAAGGAUUUUCACUUUUGUAGGUAAAUUCUAUUAGUUGAGAAAUGUUUGAUUUGGAGGGUGAAUGAAGCAUCUCAAGAUGUGUCACUUACUUGUAUUUUUUCUGUUCAAUUAUUUCUCAAAAAAUUAUUCAAUCUCUUCAGCAGCUUUGCAUAAAAUUUACAUCUACUGUGUACAAUUAGUAUAUACAAGGUUCUUUUUUAAUGAGGAUGAACCCCUUUUCCAGGUGAGUGGAAAUAUGUUGGUUGAUUUUUUGAUCUGACCAAAUAGCUUUCUAAUAGACAUGACUGAAUGGCAGAGGAAAGCAUACUUUUUUACUUAAUUAUUUUUUUAAACAAAAGUAAAACACACACUUCAUUAUACAAUAAAAUAUAAACAUUAAAGGGUAAAGUAGGUAAGUACAGUUUGAUACCUUACUCAGCAAUAUAGGUUAUUAGUCAUGGCCUAACUUAACCCUGGUUUUGAUC